GGUGGGGGCAGCAGGUUGCUGGCCAAGCAGUUUCCUUAUCGAGGCUCGGGGCUCGCGCCCUCGCGCCCCUCCAGUGUGUACGGUUACAGCUUUGCAAGCGGCUGGUGGGCGGGGGACACCUCCCGCGGAAACCUGUAGAGCAUUCCCGAAGCCCUUCAGAGCGACGAACGAGGCGAAGGCAGCUGUUGCGUGCGUUUGCCUCUCACGAGGGUAUGUUGUUUCGAAUUUUGGCAGCCCUGCCCCGACCAUUCUCGAAGAGCAGCCGGUUGCCGAAGAGGCCCGUUGUAUGGUUGUUGUUGUUGUUAUCGGUGCGAGCUACCCAUCCCAUCUUCUCGUCGACUUGACUGUGCUGACCUGUGCGGACCGGCGCGGCCAUGGUCGUGGAGCAGACGAACACGGAGUCGGCGGCCCAGCAGGACUCCAAGGGCCUGGAGGACCCCGAGGCCAAGCGCGCCAAGAAGGCGGCCAAGCGUGAGCGGCAGCGACUCAAGAAGCAGCAGCAGAAGGAACGACAGGAUGCCGCCGAGUUCCUGCUGCCCGACCCGUUCGCGGAGGUGCCGAAGAAGGCCCGGCGCCGCAAGAUCGUGCCGCUGUCGUCCUUCAUGCCCGGCAUCACCCGGCGCCAGCUCCUGGAGGACCAGUUGCCGAGCCAGACGGCGCGGCGACGCCGCGGCUUCGGCGGCGCCUACGUCGAGUACAACGGGAUGCUCGAGCAGGUGAAGCGGCUGCAGUGCCCCUUGGUGUGGCGGCUCAAGCCCCUCACCGACACGGUCAACGGGCUGUACUCCAUCCUGGACAGCACGCCGUACUGCGGCUCGCCGUGGCAGACGGCUGUGGAGCUGAUCCAGGUGGCCUGCAACUUCGCCGAGAAGUCGAUGGUCUGGAAGAGUCGCGAGCUGCUGGAGGACGUGUACGCCAUGAUCCUGGACAAGCGCGUCAACACCAAGAAGAGCGUGUUCCGGAAGUACCUGGCGGGGCUCAAGCACGUCCUGGACUCGAUGUGGCUGCUGGUGCGCACGGACGCGGACGCCAAGGCCAAACGCCCGCUGCCCGACGGCACCCUGGCCGACGACGUGCAGCUGUUCGAGGAGCUCGACGACCAGCAGCGCGCCUGCGUGCACGCCAUCAAGGCCGUCAUGGCCCAGGUGGACGUGGAGGAAGCCGACCAGGCCCUGAAGCUGGACCCCGGCGAGGCCCAGUGGCACUACGUCAAGUGGCUGUGCCUGCGUGCCGCCCGCGCGCGCGAGAUGGACGUGGACCCCGAGGACCUGGAGGAGUCCACGGCCGAGGAGACGGCCGCGCUGCGCAAGGCUCACGAGUUGCGCCCCACGCCGCAGACCGUCGUGGCCACGGCGAGGGCCUGCCUCGACAGCCCCGAGAAGGACGUCGAGCAGUGUGCCAAGCUCUUGGGUGAUGCUGUAGGAUUGUACCCACAUAGUGCGUAUGUGCAUUUCCACUGUGGCCAUCUGUAUCAACGUCUGGGCAGAGGCAAGAGGAAUGCUGAAGGCAAGAGGAAUGCUGAAGGCAAGACGGAUGCUGAAGGCAAGACGGAUGCUAAAGACAAGAGGGAUGCUGAACGCAAAAGAGACGCUCACAAGGUUAUGCUUAGUUUUAAGACGGCUAUUCACUUAUCGCAAGGUCUGUGGAUGAAAGCCUGCCAUGACUGGGGCCUGUAUUGUCUUGACAAUGGGAGGACAAAUGAAGGUAUUUACCACCUGGAAAAGGCGCGAGAGGCAGGAGUAUUGGGUCAUUUUGUUUAGUACAGUGAUACUGACUCUGCAUUGUGAUAUAAGUAAUGUAAGUUAGGUUUUACUGGACUUUGUACCAUCAGAUGGUAGAUGGGAUUCCUUGACAAUUUCCCCAAAGUUAUUUUUUAAUGCGAGAUAAUCAACAGUAGUUGGUUCACCAUUGAUUUAAUAGUGGGUUAAACUUGAUUAUGUGCAAUAGGCUAGUUAUUUGUUUAGUUUGUUUGACAUGGUUUGUAUUCGGACCUAGAUACAUUCCAUCCGUUCCUAAUUUCAUUGGCCUAAGUGUUGAUAUUUUAGUCUCGUAUUCCUUGCAGGUAUUGCAUGGUAAGACUUCUUAAUUUGUGAUAUGUUUUGUACGACAAUAAAAUAAGACUUUUUAAAAGAAAAA